GUUACGUCGCACAGCCAGAGGAACGAAAGGGCUGUUGAGAAAUGAAAGCCACCCAGCAGGGAGAAGCCGUGGCCGGGCGCGUCCGCGCCGGGCCGGGCCGGGCCGGGCGCCCGCCGGGGCCUCUCCGGGGAGCGGCGCUGUGCGUCACGGGGGCCCGCCCCCGGCGCGGCCCGAGCUCCGCGCGUGCGGCCGUUCUAGCAGCCGUCGUGGAAGCAGGAUUUCCGCGGUUGGGCAACGGCUCCGCGCGGCCGCGGAGAGGCCCAGGCGCCGCAUCCCUCCCCGGCCCGGCCCGGCCCGGCCCCUGCCCUCCGGCGACCCGGCUAUGGCCUGGGCGGCGGGGAGCGGCGGGACCCGCGGCGCGCUCUCGGCGCGCACGCUGCUCUUCGACCUGCCGCCCGCGCUGCUGGGGGAGUUCUGCGCGGUCCUGGACAGCUGCGACGGCGCGCUCGGCUGGCGCGGCCUGGCGGAGCGACUUUCAAGCAGCUGGCUGGAUGUUCGUCACAUUGAAAAAUAUGUGGACCAGGGUAAAAGUGGAACAAGAGAAUUACUUUGGUCCUGGGCACAGAAAAACAAGACUAUUGGUGACCUUUUACAGAUUCUCCAGGAGAUGGGGCAUCAUCGAGCUAUCCAUUUAAUUGAAAAUUAUGGAGCAGUCUUGAAUCCUUCAGAGCAGAGUUAUCAGGGAAGAGGAUUUCCAAACAUGUUAUCCAAGGAAACAGCCAAUGUCACAGUGGAUAAUGUUCUUAUUCCUGAACGUAAUGAAAAAGGAGUAUUGCGUAAAGCCUCCAUCAGCUUUCACAACGUCAUAGAAGGAACCAAGAAUUUCCACAGAGACUUUUUAAUUGGAGAAGGGGAAAUUUUUGAGGUAUACAGAGCGGAAAUCCAAAACCGAACAUAUGCCAUUAAAUUAUUGAAACAGGGGAAAAAAAUGCAGUCUAAGAAACAAUGGAAGAGGUUUUUAUCUGAGCUUGAAGUUUUACUACUGUUCCAUCAUCCAAACAUAUUGGAGUUGGCUGCAUACUUUACACAGAAUGAGAAGUUUUGCCUGGUUUAUCCAUAUAUGAGAAAUGGAUCACUUUUUGACAGAUUACAGUGUGUAGGUAACACAGCCCCACUCUCUUGGCAUGUUCGAAUCAGUAUAUUAAUAGGAACAUCCAAAGCCAUUCAGUACUUGCACAACACGGAACCGUGCUCCAUCAUCUGUGGCAGUAUAUCCAGUGCGAACAUACUUCUGGAUGAUCAGUUUCAACCCAAACUAACGGAUUUUGCCAUGGCACACUUCCGACCCCACCUAGAACCUCAGAGCUCUACCAUAAGCAUGAGCAGCAGCAGCAGUAAACAUCUGUGGUACAUGCCAGAAGAGUAUAUCAGGCAGGGCAAGCUUUCCGUUAAAACAGACGUCUACAGCUUUGGAAUUGUAAUAAUGGAAGUUCUGACAGGCUGUAAAGUGGUGUUAGAUGAGCCAAAGCAUAUCCAGCUGAGGGAUCUCCUUAUAGAAUUGAUGGAGAAGAGAGGCCUCGAUUCAUGUCUCUCAUUUCUAGAUAAGAAAGUACAUCCCUGUCCUCAGAAUUUUUCCGCCAAGCUGUUCUCUUUGGCAGGCCAGUGCGCUUCAACACGGGCAAAAUUAAGACCAUCGAUGGAUGAAGUCCUCACUGUUCUUGAAAGUACUCAAGCCAGCUUGCAUUUUGCGGAAGAUCCUCCCACGUCCCUGAAGUCCUUCAGGAGUCCUUCUCCUCUGUUCUUUGAUAAUGUACCAAGUAUUCCAGUGGAAGAUGAUGAAAACCAGGAUAACCCAUCACUGCCUCAUGAGAAAGGUUUGAGAAAAGAAAGAAUGACUCAGAAAACUCCCUUUGAGUGCAGCCAGUCUGAGGUUACAUUCCUGGGCUUUGACAGAAAGACAGGGAGUGCGAGGAAUGAGGACGUUUGCAGUGUGCCCGGUUCUCCUGGUGAAGAAAGUUGGUCUCCAAAGCAUGCAGCUUCAUCCCAGGACUUGAGGGCCUCUAGUGUGAACAUGGACCCUUCUGUAGAAGUUCCAGGCCAUUCCUACAGGAGCAGGCCAGUGGAGACUAGCUGUUCCUCUGAAUUUUCCUGGAAUGAGUGUGAACAGUCCAAAAAGGCAUCAGUUUCGCCAGAAGAUAAAGAAGAAAGCAAGUACUGCUGAGGCACCUGAAUACAGGUCUUGUGUUGGGAGGAUGUCUUCAUUAAUAGUGCCAAGAGGAUGACUGACGGUGAAUUUGGGUAGUGCAGAUCAGCGAUCUGAACAAUCCCAUCCCAUUCUUUUCCUUCCAACUUGUAGAACAGAGUGGCCGAAAAUUUUGUUUUAGCACAAUCGUUGCCUCAUGAUCAAACCUGGGCUAAGUUAGAACCAUCCAGAAUUACUUAAGAUCGUAGACUCGGACUUCAUACAAACAAAACAAUCAAAACCUACCAAAAGGAAGUGGAUUCCAGUGUCUUCUCCAUCAACGUCCACAUGAGUCCUCAGAACCUCCAGUCUGCCAAGUACGUUCAGUUCAGUUGGAUUCCAUUGUUUUGGUUCAGCUUGCUUGCGAAGGUUGUCAAAACUGUCUAAUUCGUAAAUGUUAAUAGAUAUGAUACGUUUUUAAAGAA